ACAAUAUAGUGUCCUCAAAAGUAUAGAAAUACAAAGUUCAGAAUUAAACCCAAUUUUGCUUACACCUACUCAAAAAUUUAAACGUAAGAGUUACUGCAACCAGAGCCGGGCGUCGUCCCCUGAUUCUUUGAAUAUUUUUGGUGAAACAAGCAGGUGUUCUUCUUUGAGUAAUAUUUCAUGUUCUAAACUGUUACCUGUACACUUAACUGAAGAAAAUAUGCAAGAACUACUAAAAACACCUUCGUCAAAUCGUACUAAAUCAGAAAAACAGGAGAUAAAAAAUAAAAAAUAUGAAUUCAUACACUCAUUUGAAGAUAAAAAUACAGAUGAUGAUAGCAUACUAGAUUUUCAUACCAAGGAUAUAAACAUAAAAAUACAUUCUCUAGAACAAAAAUUACGGGGAGAAAGUCACUUACAAGAACAUCUAGAACAAGAACAGGAAGAAGAACGCCAAGAGCAAGAAGAAGAACGCCAAGAGCAGGAAAAAGAUCGACAAAAACAAGAGGAAAAACAUCAAGACCAGGAUGAAGUACAUCUAGCGCAGGGAGAGGAACAAGUUAGACAGAGUUACGAUGAACAACAAGAAGAAAACUAUACUGAAUGUGAAAAUAAAAUACAAGCUAGACGCAAUGUUAAUGAAGAAUAUGAAGACACAGACAUUUCGAUUGAAAGCUUAGAAUCAACCGACGUAGAAGUAAAUGAAAAUGAAGCAAGUGAAAGUGAACUGGAAAGUGACAAUCAAAUAGCUGAAACAGAAAGUACCGAUAACGACGACAGUUGGAUUGACAUAUCUGAUGACGUAUGUAUUAAUUUCGAAGAGAGUGCGUUUGAUAGUGCUAUUAUUCCUCGCUUAUGUAAUAAAACACCUAUAGAUAUAUACAGGUUGUUCCUAACUGAUGAAAUUAUUGAUAAAAUAGUACGAGACACAAACAAUUAUGCGACAAAGUAUUUUGAAGAUAAUCAAGAUAAUGUGAAGGCAAAAUCUCGUCUUAAAGCAUGGAAACCUACGGAUGAUGAAGAAAUAAGAAAAUUUUUUGGAGUCAUACUUGUAAUGGGUCUAAACACAGUACCUCAUAUUAACGACUAUUGGUCUAAAAAAUCAAUAUAUAGGAAUGAGUACAUUUGCUCAACAAUAUCCAGGGACAGAUUCUUGAUUAUAUUCAGAUUUUGGCAUUUCUGCGACGAAUCAAUUGAUAAUACUGGGGAUAAGUUAUACAAAAUUCGCCAAAUACAUGACAUGUUGAAUUUUCGAUUUCAACAAGUGCUUCGGCCUGGAAAAAUUUUAGUCAUUGAUGAAUCUAUGAUACCGUGGCGUGGACGACUUAAAUUCCGCCAAUAUAUCAAAAAUAAGUCACAUAAGUAUGGAGUAAAAUUAUAUAAAUUAUGUACUCCUGAGGGAUACUCGUAUAAUACAAUUAUUUAUACAGGCAAGGAAGGUAAUCGUCGAGAGCAAGAUCAUGGAAAAAUGACAGUUUUGAGACUCAUUAAAGGGUUAGAAAAUGAGGGUCGUAUUGUUAUUGCUGACAAUUUUUACUCUUCUAUUGGGUUGGCUGAAGAACUUUUAAAACAGAAAACUUUUUAUUGUGGUACCCUCAGAUCGAAUCGUAGAGGAUUACCUAAGAAAGUAAUAUCCACUAAAUUAAAAAAAGGUCACACUAUGGGAAAAAUGAAUUUAAAGGGUGUAAAAAUUAUAAAAUGGUGUGAUAAGCGCCAAGUUUUAAUGAUCACAACCUGCAAAGGUCACAAUGCUGUUUUGAUAAACACAGGCAAGAAAACAAGAGCCACUAACGAACAUAUUAAAAAGCCUUCAUGCGUUCUUAUGUAUAAUGAAAACAAAAAAGGUAUUGAUUACAGUGACCAAAUGUCUUCAUAUUACACAACUUUAAAACGAGGCCUAAAAUGGUAUAGAAAAGUUAUGGCAGAAUUUUUAUUUGGUACUUCUCUUGUGAACGCAUGGAUUAUUUAUAAUAUGUCCAAUGCUGAAAACAAAAUGCCGAAGAAAGAUUUUACUGAAUCAAUAAUUGAAGCGCUCACUGGGCGAAGCAUUUCUGAAAGAGAGUUAUGAAGUACGUCUUCAUUUUCGGCGAAUUCUCGUUCAAUGGCUACAGCUGUUAUAAUUAAUGAGUAAGAUUACAUACACACAUUAUCUCUCACACAUUGCAACCAACUAACACCUACACAAAUGCGCACAUACAAACACACAAAUGAAUUUCAUAUACCCAUAAGCACAUACUUACAAAUCUACCCACUAACACAAAAGCGUAUACACACACGCAAACAUUCAUACAGAAAUGUACACUGACUUGGAAUAGGUACAACUAACAUAAGUAUUUAUUUCAGGUUUGCCUGGUGGCAGAUGUACCGAUCAUGCACUACAAAAGGGUGGUAAACGAAAGCGCUGCGUAGGUUG